AUUGCCGAAUGCAGCGCCAUAUUUCUCAGUACCUGUGCUGUGUAUGUUUUCAAGUCUGCUGUGGUUGUGAAGGCCAGUUAGUUAAAGAAGCCGGUGCUGAGGUUGUGUGGGUUUUUUAGCCAAGCAUCAUGCUUCGAUUGUCUGUGGUUUGCAAAACGCUAGCAGGUGCCACUCAGUCUACAAAGGGAUGCCUGACUGCAAGGGACCAUGUUCGUACAUCAGUUACUGCAGCAAGCAAUCUGAUUGAAGUUUUUGUGGAUGGAAAGCCUGUCAUGGUGGAGCCAGGAACAACUGUUUUACAGGCUUGUGAGAAGGUUGGAAUCCAAAUUCCUCGAUUUUGCUACCAUGACAGGCUUUCUGUUGCAGGAAACUGCCGGAUGUGUCUUGUAGAGAUUGAGAAAGCACCCAAGCCUGUAGCUGCUUGUGCCAUGCCAGUGAUGAAGGGCUGGAACAUUCUAACCAACUCUGAAAAGUCACGAAAAGCAAGGGAGGGUGUGAUGGAGUUUCUUUUGGCAAAUCAUCCAUUGGACUGUCCAAUUUGUGACCAGGGUGGAGAGUGCGAUCUUCAGGAUCAAUCAAUGAUGUUUGGUAAUGACAGGAGCAGAUUCAGUGAAGCGAAGCGUGCAGUGGAAGACAAGAACAUUGGUCCUUUGGUGAAGACUAUUAUGACCCGAUGUAUUCACUGUACAAGAUGCAUCAGGUUUGCCAGUGAAGUAGCUGGUGUGGAUGACAUGGGUACAACGGGGAGAGGAAGUGAUAUGCAGGUUGGCACAUACAUCGAGAAGAUGUUUAUGUCAGAGUUAUCAGGAAACAUAAUCGAUCUUUGCCCAGUAGGUGCUCUUACUUCCAAGCCUUAUGCCUUCACUGCUAGACCUUGGGAAACGAGAAAAACUGAAUCAGUGGAUGUUUUAGAUGCUGUUGGCAGUAACAUUGUAGUGAGCACUCGGGCAGGAGAAGUAAUGAGGAUUUUACCAAGAAUGCAUGAAGAAAUCAACGAGGAGUGGAUCUCUGACAAAACCAGAUUUGCUUAUGAUGGCUUAAAACGACAGCGACUGGUUUAUCCCAUGAUAAAAAAUGCUGAGGGCCAGUUGUUACCAGCUUCUUGGGAAGAUACAUUAACUCAUGUGGCUGGAGUGUUGCAGGCAACACAGGGUAAAGAAGUGGCUGCCAUCGCUGGAGGGAUGGCUGAUGCUGAAUCUUUGGUAGCUCUCAAGGACUUGCUAAACAGACUGAACAGUGAUUCUUUGUGCACAGAAGAAGUCUUCCCUAUGUCAGGUGCUGGCACUGAUCUACGGUCCAACUAUCUACUGAAUACACGUAUUAUGGGUGUUGAGGAAGCUGAUGUCCUCCUUUUGGUUGGCACCAACCCACGUUUUGAGGCCCCACUUUUCAACACCAGAAUUAGAAAAAGUUGGCUCCAUAAUGACCUUCACGUGGCUCUUGUAGGCACCCGGGUGGACCUGACAUACACAUAUGAUCACUUGGGAGAAACGCCACAACUCCUCCAAGACAUCGCUUCAGGAAAACACCCUUUCAGCAAGGUUUUGAAUCAGGCAAAGAAGCCCAUGGUAGUUGUUGGUAGCGCUGCUUUACAGAGGAGUGAUGGUGCAGCAGUCUUGGCAGCAGUUUCAAGCAUUGCACAGAAUGCCAGAGUGAACAGUGGGGUCGAAGGUAGCUGGAAGGUUAUGAAUGUUCUCCACAGAGUUGCAGGUCAGGUUGCAUCGCUAGAUCUGGGUUACAAAGCUGGUGUCAGUGAAAUUAGAAAGAACCCUCCAAAAGUCCUCUUUCUUCUGGGAGCUGAUGCAGGCAGCAUAACACGACAGGAUUUGCCAAAGGACUGCUUCAUCAUUUACCAAGGCCACCAUGGUGAUUUUGGAGCAGUUAUGGCUGAUGUUAUUCUGCCAGGAGCUGCAUAUACAGAGAAGAAUGCCACUUAUGUGAAUACAGAGGGAAGAGCUCAGCAAUGCCAGGCAGCUGUGACUCCACCAGGCAUGGCUAGAGAAGACUGGAUAAUCAUUAGAGCAAUUUCUGAGCUAGCGGGUGUGUGUUUGCCUUAUGACAAUCUGGAUCAGAUCAGGAACAGACUAGAGGAAGUAUCUCCAAACUUGGUGCGCUACAAUGAUGUUGAGGAGGCCAACUACUUCAAACAAGCAAAUGAACUUGCAUUGAUGGCUAAAGAUGCGCUACUUUCUGAUCCCCUUGUUCCACCACAGCUAACAAUUAAGGAUUUCUACAUGACAGAUCCCAUCAGUAAAGCUUCACAGACCAUGGCAAAGUGUGUAAAAGCUGUUACAGAGGGAGCUAAGGCAGUAGAAGACAUUUCCAUUUGCUGAAAUGUGAAUCAUUAAGUUAGAACAUAAAAAUUACCUCAGACCCACUGCAGUGUGAAUAAGUCAUUUACAGUCUGCUAGUAGACGCUUGACAUGUCCACAUAGAGACAAUGAUGACUGUACACUUUUAUGGUGACCAUUGCACUUGGACUUAACGGUCAUUUGUUGUGGGAUUGGUAUUGUCUUUGUAAAAAUGUAAUCUUAUAAAUUAAAAUAGUUUUACAGCUGUUA